AUGUCGGCCGCGCCAGUAACAGAAAACCAACCCGAAGUCGCAAGCAUCGAGAAGGAGAUGGCUGAUCUUGACUUGGGGAGUGUUACUAAUGGUCAAACACCUUUAGCACCUAUUGGGAAGAAGGAUUUAAGUCCUCUCGAACCACCGUUUCUCAACCCAAUCGAGUCUGCGAAACCAACUCCUAUUCCAGAACUUACGGAAGAACAGCAGAAGAAAUACGAGACGCUUUUAGAAACAGUGAAGUCAUGGAAGGAGGUUCCAGCCAAGGAUUCCAAAGGGGGCCCUCUCACAGACAGCGAACGGCUGUGGUUGACGAAAGAAUGUUUGUGUCGGUAUUUGCGAGCAACAAAAUGGUCUACUACAGAAGCCCCCAAACGAUUGUUAGGGACUUUGACUUGGAGACGGGAAUACGGCGUGAGCAAUCUUACAGGCGACGACCUUUCUAUCGAAAAUGAAACUGGCAAACAAUUUAUCUUGGGUUAUGACAAUGAAGGACGACCAUGCCAUUAUUUGAACCCUGGAAGACAGAAUACAGAUCCCAGCCCCAAGCAAGUACAACAUUUGGUAUUCAUGCUGGAGCGAUGCAUCGAUUUGAUGCUACCGGAUCAAUGGACUCUCGCAUUGUUAAUCAAUUUCAAGUCCAGUAAGAGCAGGUCAAACACAGCUCCCGGCAUCGGGUUAGCUAGAGAAGUCUUGAGUAUUCUUCAAACCCACUAUCCCGAACGACUUGGGAGGGCCUUGAUCAUCAACAUUCCCUGGAUGGUAAACGGCUUUUUCAAACUCAUCACACCAUUCGUUGAUCCUUUGACGAAAGCAAAGUUGAAGUUCAAUGAUGAUUUGAAUCAGCAUGUACCUCCUCAGCAACUCUGGGCAGAGUUUAAUGGCGAACUUGUAUUUGAGUAUGACCAUGCAACCUAUUGGCCGGCGCUACUCAAGACGUGUGAGGAGCGACAGAAGGAUGUAUCUGAACGUUGGGUCCAGGCGGGGAAGCAUAUCGGAGAGAGUGAGAUUUAUUUGAAGGGAGGAAAUGCCCCUAGCGUUGGCGGCGCUUCAGCCGAGGAAGUUUCAUCAAACGGCCAUGCUGUAGAGCCGAAAACACUCGGGACAUUGACCGAGGUAUCAGAAGCCAGCGAAACGGCUGCGAAGAGUGACGAGGCAUAA